AGCUGGGAGUGAACCGGAAGUGUAAUCGCUCCUGCUCCUCCUCGGCCAGGCGGAACCCGCUCUGCUGGGCCCGGUGGCCGCCAAGGAACUUUCUUUCUCCCGCCUGAUCAUUCGCCGCGGCCAGCCGCCUCUCCCGCCUGGCAGCGUAGCCCACCUUCCCGUCUCCUCUCCCAGACCGGGCCCGCUUGCCGCCGUCUCGCCUGCUGGCCGCCUGCCGCCGCGAUGUGCGACAAGGAGUUCAUGUGGGCCCUGAAGAACGGGGACCUGGAUGAGGUGAAGGACUACGUGGCCAAGGGAGAAGAUGUCAACCGGACACUAGAAGGUGGAAGGAAGCCUCUUCAUUAUGCAGCAGAUUGUGGGCAGCUUGAAAUCCUGGAAUUUCUGCUGCUGAAAGGAGCAGAUAUUAAUGCUCCAGAUAAACAUCAUAUUACCCCUCUUCUGUCUGCUGUCUAUGAGGGUCAUGUUUCCUGUGUGAAAUUGCUUCUGUCAAAGGGUGCUGAUAAGACUGUGAAAGGUCCAGAUGGACUGACUGCCUUUGAAGCCACUGACAACCAAGCAAUCAAAGCUCUCCUCCAGUGAUGGCUGGGUGGACUGAUGACUUGGGAAGAACAACUCUCCUGUGGCCUCACACUGCUGCCUGUCUGUCUGUCACUCUAUCUGCCAGCUUCUUCAGCUCAAUACUUUUAGAAGGGGUGAGGGGAGAGAGAAAUUCAUAACAAAUCAGACUCCCAGAAAAAAAAAUGUUUUGGAAGAAGGGACAAAAACCAUGAUCAGGCUUUUACUGGGAUUCCUGAUCAAGUCAGCCUCUUUUCCAUUUCUGAUAAAGUAACUUAUACCCAAGGGAAAGCAAAGACAAAGUCUACUGAUAACAUUUGACCUUUUCAGCUCUCAGCUACUUUAUUAAUUAGAUUGUGUUGAAGGUCUGAUUCUACAAAGGCCAACUAAUACAUAUUUGGUAGCCCUAACUGUGCAAGCAGUAGUGGCUGCUGUGAUGUAAACUUAGGGUGCUGAGAUAAGCAACUAGCUCUAGCCUUCUGCCUUAAGAAUGAACUCCCCUGGGGACUUCCUGGCAUAGUUAAGAGCGCUGCCUGUGGUUGGUGACCAAAUCUUUCCUCAGUGACUCUAAGCUCUAUGUGAAAGCUUAGUUAAGGUGAGGAGGGGGCACACUCCUAAAUUGCUGGAUGACUGAACUUUAGAUUUUCUCUCCCCUUUCACAUGAAUCUCAUGUCUCUUUAGAUAAAACUGACUAGUUUUAUUUAUACAAUCUUAACUUUUAGAAGCCUAAAGGAGAAAUCAUUCCAGUAUACAUAUUUUUCACCUCUUAAUUCAGACGUUUAUAUAACAUUAAAACACUUUCAAACUCCUGCUGGUAGUAAAAGCAGAUUUAAAAAUAGAAUUAUAGCCAUAAGCCUGUUAGUAUCAUAUAAAGAGAACAGUUGUCUUAGUACAUACAGAUUUUCUUUAUUUGCUAUUUGAAUGGAUUGGCCUCUGUUACGUUUGGAGAAUGAAGGAAUAUUCUUUGGAAUGCCUCUCUUAGACCCAUCUUGGAUGCUGAUUACUUAAUUGCACCAAAGCUAUCACCGGGGUGAGAUUUACUAUUUGGACAGAUUUAGCCCCAUCCCCUCAAAAAUAUGCUUGUUACCAGGUUUCCCAGAGUUUUUUAUUGUUGAACAUCACCCAACCCACCUGUAAUAUAUAUUUGUGUUGCUUUAUAAAUCAUGCACUGCAUAAAUUGUGACAACUUCAAUAUAUAUUGUAUUCUUCUAAUACAGUGCCCUAAAAUGGUAUUCUUUGGACUUGCAGAAAAUAUGUACACACAUCUCCAAAUGUUCAUUUCAUGAGCAGUACAGCUAAUUAAAACAUAAUCUUAAAUUUGAUAUCUUGAGUUUAAAAUGUUAAGAUUCCUUUGACUUGCCAUCCAUAUAAGCUUACUAAUAAUAUUGGGUUUUUUUUCUCAGCUGAGUCAUGUAAUAAUUGAAUGUACCUCAAAUUUUUAAAGGGGGGGUUAGGGACCUGUAUUCAGAUUGUGGAUAAUCAAGAAUUAAUUAUUUUUUAAGGCAAUGUAGCAUCCCUCAGCAGGGUUAAAAUAUUAUCAAGAACAGCCACCCUGGUUAACAAGUUUUAUGGAUCAGUUGCUGAUUGGUUGGCGUGUGGGUUUAUGUGUGUGUAUUUUUCCCCAUGACCUCUUUUUUAGCCUGUGGCUUUUUCACUUACAACUAGCCUAACCCCAUAAUUAUCCUAUGUCAAGAAAACAAUCACAAAGUGGUGGUUAAAAUACUUUCGUACAUUUGGCUAAUUCUGCUGUCUCGAUACAGCCUGUUAGAGUUGGAUUAAAAGUCAGUCAUCAGUACUUUAUUACAUCACUGAACUGAAAUAUGGAGACAUUCUCAUUGAAAAUGGAGGGCACUCUACAGUCUACAACUAUCAACAUAGCAUAGAAGGGUGUUUUGAUUUCUUUGUUUUUAUUUCUUGACAUGAUGCUAUUUAAAAGGCUUGAAUUUUUCCCUUUACACCAUUUCACUUUUCCUUUCAAAGUGUUUUCUUGUAGUUGGCUGUUGCAGGCAGUGCAUUGUCCUUUUAUUCCUAAGCCUGGUCUGCUUUCUACAGCCAUGGUGUAGAAACCAUGUGGUUUUUGUACAGUUUAUCCUGAUGUUCCUUGUAAUGCAGUAGAGGCUGUUUUGCCUUCCCUCUUCUUUCUCAGCCAUUUUGUAAACUCCAUGAUUAUGAAGCGAUUGCUUGAGAAAAUAACAUAUAAACUUAGAAUAGAAUAGACUGACCAAGGUGGUUCACAAUUUCUUUUUUUAACUAGGUUAUUUAUAUUGUAUUUCUGAACCACUUGGCAGAGAAAUUCACAACACUUAAUGUUCAUAUUUUGAGUAAAAAAAAAAAAAAAAGCUAAAACCAUGUCUGCUUUUUGGUACUACAUGCAUUAGUGAAAGGUUGAGUAAUUUUGUUCUCCACUAAAGUAAUAUUUAACAUCUCAGAAAAAAAUCUUUGCAUGUUCUGUAGUUUUGUAUUAAAUCAGUCAUUACAUAUGCACUAUAUUAAGUACAGGCAGGUAAUUUACCUGUUUACAGUAGUGUACUAACAAAUUCUCCCUUGCAGCUUCAGAUUGUGUCUAUAGACUUACAGCUCAAACAUGGGACCUGAAUAUCCCAGGUAGUUUUUUUAUACAUAGCUCACCUUUCUGAGACCAACUGAGCACGGACAGGUGCGGUAUAUGCAAGCUGCAAACAAGUAGGCCCUUUAUUCAUUGAUUUCUCCCCAUGUAAUGGGUGUUAAAUCUAUGUGUACUUAUUUGAUUUUUUUUUUCUAAGUUUCAACUGAGCUGCUGUUUUAUUUCAUGCAAUAUUGUAUACUCAAUUGUGUAUAGAAGAAGCUGGUGAGAGUGUCCUCCUACAUAAAUAAGCAAUUGCAGUGUUUUGCAUGCAAAAUUUUAAAAAUUUAAAUUGUCCUGAUUCUAUUUUGUAAAUGGAGAAACAAUCAUAUCUUUCUAAGCAGUAAUGGAGGAAGACUAGUGCUUUGUGCAUUUUGAUAUAUUUAAGUUCAUUUUUCCACAAUGUUAUACUUUUGACACAAUUGAGUUUCUCAUAAGUAUCCUAGUUCAUAUACAUCCGAAUGCUAAAUAAUACUGUGUUUAAGUUGUGUGUUGCAAGAACAAAUGGAAUAAACUUGAAUUGUGCUACA